AUGACCUCCGCGGCCGCAUCCGCGUCGCUCCUGGGCCUCACGCGCUUCCCCGCGCCCCGCCCCUCGGCUCGCAGCGGCGUCGCCGUCCCCGCGGUGCACAGGCGUCGGUUCACCGCCGCCGUCGUCCCCCCGCGCGCGGUCGCCGCCGACGCCGACGUCGAGACCGCCAACCUCCUCCCCGACGCGCUCCAGUGGCCCGCGCGCGACCAGACCUGCGGCACGCUGCGCGAGCAGGACGAGGGCAGGACCGUGACCCUGUGCGGAUGGGUGGACAAGCAGAGGGACAUGGGCGGCAUCGUCUUCGCCGACGUCAGGGAUCACACCGGGUUCGUGCAGGUUGUCUCCGACGCGGACACCCCGAAGGAAGCCACCGACGCCCUAGCCGCGAUGCGAGCCGAGUGGGUCGUGUGCGUCACCGGUCGCGUCAAGAAGAGGACCGCGCCGAACGAUAAGGUCCCGACCGGCGCGGUGGAGGUGGCCGCGGACAAGGUCACGGUGCUGAACACGGUGGCCAAGUCGCUCCCGUUUUCAAUCAGCGGCGCCCCCGAGGGUGACGACGACGAGCUGCGCGAGGAGGUUCGACUCAAGAACCGCGUCUUGGACCUUCGCAGACCGCAGAUGGUCCGCAACCUGCGCCUCAGGGCCAAGACCGUCCGCGCGCUUCGUAAGGUGCUGGAGGAUACGCACGAUUUCCUGGAGGUUGAGACGCCGAUCCUGACGAGGUCUACCCCCGAGGGAGCUCGCGAUUACCUCGUCCCUUCGAGGCUCCAGCCCGGCGCGUGCUUCGCGCUGCCUCAAUCGCCGCAGCUGUUCAAGCAGAUGCUCAUGGUGGCGGGUGCGGAUAGGUACUAUCAGGUGGCGAGGUGCUUCAGGGACGAGGACCUGAGGGCCGAUCGCCAGCCCGAGUUUACCCAGCUCGACAUCGAGAUGUCGUUCACCGACAUGGACGGAAUUUUGAACCUCGGCGAGGAUCUCAUGUGCGCCGCGUUCAAGGAGGGCGCCGACGUGGAUCUCCCCAGGCCGUUCAGGCGGAUGACCUACGCGGAAGCCAUGAGCAAGUACGGCAGCGACAAGCCGGACGUGCGGUACGGCCUGGAGAUGGCUGAGCUCGCGGACGUCGUCGCGGGUACCGAGUUUAAACUCUUCGCCGGCGCCGUCGAGGCGGGCGGCGUCGUCAAGGCCAUCGCGGUUCCGCAGGGGUCGAGGAUAAGCAACAGCAGGCUGAAGCCCAAGGGCGACGUCUUCAACGAGGCGAUCGCGGGCGGCGCGGGCGGGCUCGCGUUCGCGCGCGUCGGCGAGGACGGCGUCACGCUCGAGGGCGGCAAGGCGCUCUGCGAGGGUCUCCAGCCCGUGGCGGAGAAGCUCAUCGCUCGGUGCGGCGCGGGCGCCGGCGACUUGCUCCUCUUCGGCGCGGGCGACGAGGGCACCGUGAACAAGGCGAUGGAUCGGGUGCGUCAGUUUGUCGCCAAGACCCUGGACAUGGUCCCCGAGGGCCAGCACGCGGUUCUGUGGAUCACCGAUUUCCCCAUGUUUGAGUGGAACGAGGACGAGAACAGGCUCGAGGCGCUGCACCACCCGUUCACCGCGCCCAACCAGGAGGACGUGGCGAACGGCGGGGACAUCAAGCAGGCCAGGGCCAUCGCCUACGACCUCGUAUACAACGGCGUGGAGGUUGGCGGCGGAUCGCUCCGCAUCUACCGAAGGGACGUGCAGGAGAAGGUGUUUGACGCCAUCGGGCUGGGGAAGGAGGAGGCUGAGGAGAAGUUCGGAUACCUGAUGGAGGCGUUUCAGUUCGGCGCGCCGCCGCACGGUGGCAUGGCGUUCGGACUCGACAGGCUGGUGAUGAUGCUCGCGGGGGCCAAGUCGAUCAGGGACGUCAUCGCGUUUCCGAAGACGGCCACCGCGCAAUGCCUGCUCACCGCCGCGCCGGGCGACGUGUCCGACUCGCAGAUGGCCGAGCUGCACAUCGCCAAAGCCAAAAGGGAGAGCGAGCAGCAAUAG